ACCCGCAUCCUUUACUUCUGAGCGACGGGAGGAAAAGAGGGAGGAGUCAAGAUGGCGACUGUAAACAUCUGCCCGCUGCUACUUUGGUUAGCAACGGUUUCUGUGGAAACCAGCACCGCUAAAUAUCUAUCGGAACCUUGUUAUAAGCCCAUUAAAGAUGACAGACCAGCCUCAGUCCGCACUCGAGCGCGGCCACACGAGUUUAUCAAAGCGUCGGACCUUCCUCCGUCGUGGGACUGGAGGAACAUCAACGGGAAGAACUAUGUGAGCGUCACCAGGAACCAGCACAUCCCCCAGUACUGCGGCUCCUGCUGGGCCAUGGGAGCCACCAGCGCGCUGGCAGAUCGUAUCAACAUAAAGCGAGGUGGAGCGUGGCCGUCCGCCUACCUGUCUGUCCAGAACGUGAUCGACUGCGGGAGGGCGGGCUCCUGUUUCGGAGGCGAUCACCUCAAAGUCUACGCCUACGCUCAUAAAACCGGGAUUCCUGAUGAAACCUGCAACAACUACCAAGCUGUCAACCAAAAGUGCGUUCAGUUCAAUCAGUGUGGGACCUGCUCCUUCUUUGACUCCUGCGCUGUUGUGAAGAACUACACAGUUUGGAAAGUUGGAGAUUAUGGAGAAAUUUCUGGAAGAGACGAGAUGAAAGCAGAAAUCUACACCAACGGGCCCAUCAGUUGUGCGCUGAUGGCGACUGGCAGUUUGGAGGGAUACGCCGGCGGCGUUUUCUCCGAGUUUCACCCCGUCUCUCUGCCCAAUCACAUCGUCUCAGUGGCCGGCUGGGGCGUAGACGGAGACGGCAGCGAGUUCUGGAUCGUCAGGAACUCCUGGGGGGAAUUCUGGGGAGAGCGCGGCUGGGCCAGAAUCGUCACCAGUUCCUACAAAGGAGGAAAAGGAAACUGGUUUAACCUCGGCAUUGAGAAAAACUGCGCAUACGCAGACCCUGUUGUUGCAUGAAAUUCAAAAUGUCACUUUUAGCUUUUUAAAGAAUGAAUCUGUGAAUUUUUAAAAACAUUUCAGAAGUACAACGGACUAUUUUUUUAAAAACUCAGAGGUUUGCAUUCACUUAUUGGCAGGAAUUAUUUUACAUUAUUUACAUCUGGAGAAGAAUCCUUUUCACGAGACUGUUACAGUGAGUGUGUUCAGUCAGAGGCUUCUACACAACCGCUGUAACACUGACUGCUACAGGAGACCCUUGAAGAAAAUCGUAUGAAUUUCUUCUUGGAUUAAUAAAGUAUUGUUGAAAUAACUGUUAA